AUAAAUUCUGAAGAGCAUGUUGAUACAGCUGAUGAGGAGAUAGUCUCUUGGGAUCACAGUAUUCCUGAAGACAUAAAGCAAAAAAUACAGCCUAAGGAGGUUCCAGCAGAAAGUGUUACUGUCUGGAUUGACCCAUUAGAUGCUACACAAGAAUACACAGAGGAUCUUCGACAGUACGUCACGACAAUGGUUUGUGUGGCUGUAAAUGGUAAACCAGUAAUAGGAGUGAUACACAAGCCAUUCUCAUCAUAUACAGCUUGGGCAAUGGUGGAUGGUGGGUCGAACAUAAAAGCUCGUUCCUCCUACAAUGAGAAAUCUCCAAGGAUUAUUGUGUCCCGCUCUCAUGCAGGAAAAGUUGAGCAAGUUGCACGGCAGACAUUCGGAAAUAAAACUGUGAUAAUCCCCGCUGGUGGAGCAGGUUAUAAAGUGUUGGCCCUCCUUGACGUACCUGAAAAGAAUCAAGAAGAAGCUGAUGUGUAUAUCCAUGUCACCUACAUUAAGAAGUGGGACAUAUGUGCUGGAAAUGCAGUGUUGAGAGCAUUGGGUGGUCAUAUGACUACCCUGACUGGUGAAGAAAUCAGUUACACUGGCUCAGAUGGCAAUGAGGGAGGACUUAUAGCCAGUAUCAACAUGAACCAUAAAGCACUAAUUGAAAAACUUCCAGAUCUGGAAAAAUCAUCACACAAAUAAACAUGAUGGAGAAGUACAAGUCAUGCUUUUGUAAGCCUCCAGAUGUUCUAUCUGAAGAAGCAGGUGUGAAAACCUGCUGAGAAAAAUGCACAGCAAAGCAAAGCAGUUUGUUGUGGGUUUGGGGACUAUAUCUGGGUUUCUUCAGUGGUGGUAUUUAAAAAAGAAUAAAAUAAGCAGUAGAAAGGGAACCGAUGGCCUCA